AUGGCUGAUGUUGUUUCACUGGUGGCUGCGGGUGUGGGAAUCGCUGAAGUUGCAUUUCGGAUCAUCAUCUAUCUCAAAGAAAUCAAAGCAACCGCUAAGACAAUAGGCGAAGAUAUUGAGGGCUUGAUAAACGAGAUCGAAGGUCUUCAAAAGGUACAUGGUCACCUCGAGAAGGAAUACCUCAAGAGUGUGACCAAUGUCAACAUGGGAGACGAUGAGAGGAGCCUUUGGACAAGCACAGGACAAACUCUCAAGAACGGACAAAAGCUUACAAAGAAGCUCGAGGAAUCGGUGCAGUCUAUCUACGGUGAUCAUAAGCUGGUUACUGGGAGGCUGGAUUGUUGGGAUAAGUCGCGUAGGAAGAAAAGCAAAGACAGCAUGAUCUCUGGACUUCGAGACCAGAUCAAAACAUAUCAAGGAGCCUUACAGAUGUUGCUCGGUUUCAUUUCCAUGCAGUCCACUCGCGAAAGCCACAAGGACCAGAAUGCCCAGCUCGACAAAUUGGUAACCGAUCUACAAGAACUGAAGAGUCGAAUGGAAAAAUCGCAGCACACAUCGUUACCCUUAUAUGAAGCCGUGACUACCACAACAGCUUAUCGCGAUUUCAACGUUGAAUCCGUGUCAGUCGUGAACCAGCUCGGUAUUGCAAUCGACAAUAUUGCGCAUAAUCCAGCGUCCGACGCCUCGAUAACAAACGAACAUUUUGAUAUUCCAAAACCUGUUGAUCCGUUCUAUACUGGUCGUGAAGAGUACGCAAAUCGCUUGCGCAGCUGGAUGUUACCGAGUCUUUCUCGAAAGCAACGCGGUACAACGAACGUCAAGGCAGAGCAAAAACGUUUCAUUGUAUAUGGGCUUGGAGGCGCAGGGAAAACGCAGUUCUGCUCCAAGUUUGCCGAAGACAAUCGCCAUUACUUCUGGGGAGUCUUUUGGGUAGACGGUAGCAGUCGGUCGCGGUUGAAACAGACAUUCUCUCAGAAUGUGUCCAAGAUUGGAAAAGUGGAUCUCAACGAAAAUGCUGCCCUCCAUUGGUUAUCAAACUUAAGUCUUCCUUGGCUUCUUAUCAUUGAUAAUGCCGACGACCCUGAUCUCAAACUUCCCGACUAUUUCCCACGAGGCAACCGAGGUCACGUUCUCAUCACGACCCGCGAUCCUGGGAAAAAGGCGUAUGGUACUGUUGGCGAUCGAUAUUUUGAAUUCCAAGGACUGAGUACGAGCGAUGCAAGUAGUCUGCUGCUGAAAGCAGCCGGUCAGUCGGAACCAUGGGACACGGUCGUAUCCAGUAUUGCUUUGAAGAUCGCGAAAGCCCUUGGCUUUCUUGCAUUGGCAAUCACGCAUGCGGGUAGGGCCAUCCGCGAAGAGUAUUGUAAGCUGAGCGAGUACUUGCAUUACUAUGAACGCCAAUGGGAAGAAACAAGACAGACCAGACUUCCAGUAAAAGACAAGGAUGCUGCUGACGAGUUGAGUGUCUUCUCGACGUUCGAAUUGAAUCGAGAAGCUAUCGAGAAGCGAGCGACUAGAGCAUCUCGGGACGCCCUUCAGCUGCUCGAUACAUUUGCAUUUCUUCACAAUCAAGACAUUCGAUACGACCUUUUGCAACGAGCUAUUGAAAAUGCCCAAGUUGAACAUAUAAAGGAACAGAGGACAGAUGAUGACGUCGUCAAAUCGCCACUGUGGUGGAUUCUCAACAUGGUGCAAAGAAACCGCGUUUCUGGUCCUUACCUAUCUCUACCAGAAUCGAAGUCCGUUAUUCGAGAUGGACGAAACAAUAAGGCAAUGGAUGAGGAUCGACUACGUCUAGCUCUACGGCAGUUGACUCAAUUUUCCCUUAUAAUAAGAAGUCAUAACUCCGAAGGCUACUCCAUGCAUCCCCUUGUACACAAAUGGGCGCGUGAGCGACCUGGUAUGAGUAUCGCAGCGCAAGCAGUUUGGGCUGAAGCGGCCGUAAUGCUAUUAUCACACUGCAUUCUGAUCCCACCGCUUGGCAAUACGGAAGAAGAGGAAGAAGUCCGGAAAUAUAUCCUCCCCCAUGUGGAUCACGUACGUCAAUGUCAGCAAUCUAUGGAGCAACGCAUGAGAGAUAAGCGCAUGGCACGAAUGAAACCAUGGCCAGUAUUCGAUGGCGGCUUUGAUAGGGGCAAAGCUAUGACAUAUGCUAAAUUUAGCCUGGUGUACAUGCAGAAUGGAAGGUGGGAAGAGGCCAAGCGACUGCAAACUGCAGUAAAGGAUUUCACGACCCAAAUCCUGGGCAUGAAGCAUCCCGUUACUCGUCGCGUCACCCGCCUACUAGCUACAACCCUCUUCAACCUAGGCCAAAGUGAGGACUCAGCUAAGAUGGAAAAAGAAGUCUUGGACGCUUGUGUGCGUUUCUUGGGUGUCAAUCAUCAGGAGACACUGGUGGCCAAAUUCACUCUUGGAAAGGCGCUUUUCUUACAAGGCAAAUUUAGCCAGGCCAAACUUCUCCAAGAAGAGGCGGUCGAAGGUCUGACUAGGCUAAUUGGCCUGGACCAGGAAGAUACUCUUGACGCAAUUGACUGGCUUGGUCAGACUCUACUCAUGUUCUAUACCAAAGAGCAUGUGACUCGUGCCCGUCAACUCUUUGUCAUGGCAUCAGAAGGCAUGCGAAAAUUGCAUGGAGAUGAACAUACACGUACACUGGAAGCGCGUGAACACCUUUGUACUGCGGCCAUUCGGACGGGGGACAAAGAUCAUUUGGACGAAGCGCAUACGAUGAUGAUAAAGAUUCUGGAAAUCCGAAAAGAGAAACUUGGCAAAGAGCAUGCUUACACAUUACUUGCGAUGGUAAACCUCGCUCUUGUAAAAUGCGCGAUGGGUAUGAUCCAUGAAGCAGAGGCACUUAUGCAGCACGGCUUACCUAUCGCUGCACGCAAUUUAGGCGAAGGCCACAUCGCCUAUCUUUGGGGCCGUUAUCAUCUUGGCCGAAUCUGGGUACUUCAGGAAAGAUGGACGGAGGCGGUAACCUACCUUCUUGAUGUCACAGAGAGGCAGCGUUACACAUUGCAAGGAAGAGGCGAGUUUCAUCCCGAUAGAAUUGGCGGCCUGAUCGAGCUGGCAACAGCAUACAACGCGCUGGGGAAAGUUGAAGAAUGCGAGAGGGUGACCGAAGAGGCUCUGGCUGCGUUAGCAAAGAUAUCUACGACUGAACAUCCGGAGGCCAAGAAGUUAAGGGAAAAUAGAAACAUCUGGAGGCAACGGAGAGUAGAAAGCAUGGAGAGGCAAGAUUUCACGCAAUUACCUUGA